AUGUGGCAACGGUUGCUGAUUGCCGCUCAGGACGUCCAACUAUACCUCUACAUCGUCUGGGCCGUGGCGGAUUCCUUGGUGACAGCAGGAUUCAUCCACCAUCUCCAUACGAAGCUCAUUUCGCUCCGCAUCGCCCGCUGGCACGUCAUCUCGCUCACCGCUCGCUCGUUGGCCAUCAUCGUCCUUGCCAUAAUUGGCAUCACGCACAAGGACCGUCUGACUCGAGAAGCGCAGGUCGACGUCGCAAUGGCUGCAUCCGUCUGCUUCCUCGUCGUCAAAGCAUUCGGAAGCCUGGUCUUCAGCGGAACGUCCUCGACUGUCCCUUACUCGUCACGAUAUGGCACGAACCAGUCCGCCGGCCGCACUUCGAUCGAGCAUCCCACGAACUCAUCGCAAGAGCGCAUCAACGUCGUGCAAGAGUUAUACAGCUCGGAUGAUAAGCUGGACGUUAUGGAGGGUCCAAGGGGAGUCGAGUCAUCAAGGAAUCAGCGUCGGAAUAGCGAGCGUUCAAUGCAGUUCAGAAGAGAUGAACGAGCCCACAUCACAAGCUCGGCGCGACAUUACAUUGACGGAGAAGAUGAUGCCAGUCUGGAUAGCGGUCACAGCAGGGCGACCAUAGGGACGUAUCUGCAAAGACGGCUUAGGGCGCUGUAG